GUUGUCAAAUUGAAAGUCAUCAGAAAUGGUCGCGUCCACAAUUUGUUAAAAUCGCGCGCGUGUUUUACGCGUGACUUUGAAAUGUUCUAACUUAAUUUCGUUAAAUUUUGUGUUAACUAAAUAUGACGAUAAUAAUUCAGUCCCUUCUUUUGAAUUUUUGACGAUUUAAUUUCUAUUCUCAAUACCGCAUGGUCGGUAUUCGUGUCAACAAGUGAAGAAUUUAAUGCUAGCGUUUCGAAUCUAUAUCGCUUAGUUGAACUGAAAUGACUGUAUUAUUUGAUUAAAAUAGACUGUAACUGUGUUUUUCAAAUCACACAAUGACUUCCCCUCAGAAAGACAUUGAGUUGAGUCCAGUGAAGACGGAAACGGGUGCUUCUAAGCCGGCCGAGCCCGCGGAAACACUUCAUGUGCCCGUUAACGACGAAGAAGAUGUUAUUAUCGGUAGAUUUAGGAAGAUUAGUUCUGCUAAGUCUAUGGCAGCGACUAAUGGUAACAUCCAGUAUCCUUCUGAGGUGAUACCGAAGAGUGAGGAUGUGGAAUCGGGGUUGCAUUUCAAGAGUAGGGAGGCGGGUGAGAAAGACCGGCUGUUGGUCGACUCUGUGUCGAAUGGCGGGGUGGUGGUGCAGCCGGCUAAAUCGCCGAUGACGAAGAGCAGCUUUAGGGACAUGGAGAAGCCCUCCCGGUUCAAGGAUCAGCCGUCAACGACAAGAUUUCAGAUGGAGGAUAAAACCACAGAAGACGACGCGACAGAAGACUCCGACGCAUCAGGCAUGGAUAGCGACGAUCCCUUAACCGCUACAGACACCAAAUAUGGCAAGAGUUUCAGACAUUUCACCAGGGAAGCCUUGCCAAGGCUGGACAAUUACAGAAACGUUCUGUCGCUCCACGCUGCCCCGCGGCCGACUUUGGAUGAACUACACAAUGCUUCUUUAUCUAGGAAGCCAGGCCAGACCCUGGAGAAGGACAUGGACAUCCGGGACCCUCCGUCCACCAACCUCAAGUUCGGCUGGAUCAAGGGCGUGCUGAUGAGGUGUCUUCUCAACAUAUGGGGGGUGAUGCUGUUUCUUAGGCUGUCCUGGGUGGUUGGGCAGGCUGGCGUGGCGCAGUCCAUCCUGCUGAUCCUGACCACGUCGGUGGUGACCACCAUCACGGCGCUCUCCAUGUCGGCCAUCAGCACCAACGGGGUUAUUAAAGGAGGUGGGACCUACUACAUGAUAUCGCGCUCUCUGGGCCCGGAGUUUGGAGGGUCUAUAGGGCUGAUAUUCUCCAUGGCGAACGCGGUCGCGUGUGCUAUGUACGUGGUCGGCUUCGGCGAGUCGCUCAUCACGCUCAUACCAGAGUCGGCUUAUAUGGUCAGCAAGAGCUGGAAUGACCAAGCGAUAUACGGCUGCAUCACCAUCGUCCUACUAACUGGCAUCGUGAUCGUCGGCAUGGAGUGGGAGGCCAAGGCGCAAAUCGUGUUGCUGGUCAUCCUUUUGGCGGCCAUUGCUGACUUCUGCAUAGGAUCCGCCAUCGGGCCCAAGAGCGAAAUAGAAGUGUCUCAGGGCUUCGUCGGAUAUAACAUGUCGGUGCUGCGCAGCAACAUGGGCCCGGACUACCGCUACUUCGAGGGCGUGGAGCACAACUUCUUCUCCGUGUUCUCCAUAUUCUUCCCCGCUGCUACCGGCAUCUUAGCUGGGGCUAACAUAUCUGGCGACUUGAAGGACCCCCAGAAAUCGAUCCCCAAAGGCACGCUCCUCGCGAUCCUUCUCACGACGUUAUCGUACGUACUCAUCGCCGUCGUGGCCGGCUGGACGGUGCUGCGCGACGCGUCGGGCGACGUGGCCGACGUCGCGGGUUGGGCUAUGGCGGACUGCGCUGCUAAUAGAACCUGCCAGUACGGAUUGCAGAACAGCAACGAUGUAAUUCGCUUAGUCUCGGGAUUCGGACCUCUGAUAUACGGAGGGUGCUUUGCUGCGACACUGUCUUCAGCUCUGGCAUCGCUCGUGUCCGCGCCUAAAGUGUUUCAGGCGCUGUGCCAAGACAAGCUGUAUCCAUACCUAGAGUUCUUCGCUAAGGGCUAUGGGGCCAACAACGAGCCGGUGCGUGGAUACGCUCUUACCUUCCUCAUUGCGACCGCUUUUAUCCUCAUGGGCGGUUUGAACCAGAUCGCGCCUUUGAUUUCCAAUUUCUUCCUGGCGGCGUACGCGCUCAUCAACUUCUCAACGUUCCACGCCAGCCUCGCCAAGCCGGUCGGCUGGAGGCCUACCUUUAGGUUGUACAACAUGUGGCUGUCGCUGGUUGGCGCCAUGGUGUGUGUGGGCAUCAUGUUCGUGAUCUCGUGGGUCACGGCGCUCAUCACCUUCUCGUGUCUGCUCGCGCUGUACCUGCUCGUGUCCUAUAGGAAGCCUGAUGUAAACUGGGGAUCAACAACUCAGGCGCAGACGUACAAGACGGCCCUAUCUGGAGUCCACCAUUUGAACAAAAUCACAGAUCACGUUAAAAACUACAGACCUCAGAUUCUGGUGCUGACCGGCUAUCCUGCAGAAAGACCCAUCCUGACUGAUUUCUCGUAUCUCCUUACUAAAGGACUCUCGUUGAUGCUUUGCGGACACAUAAUACAGGGCCAAACCAGCCACCGCGCGCGCGAGGCACUAAGCAGCCGCGCGUACGGCUGGUUCGCCAAGCGCAAGAUCAAGGCCUUCUACGGCCUCGUCGACGACGCCGGCUUCAAGGACGGCGCCAGUGCGCUCAUGCAGUCGAGUGGGCUCGGCAAGCUUCGGCCCAACAUCCUAAUGAUGGGCUUCAAGGAGGACUGGCAGAGCUGCGCCCGCGCAGAACUCAUCGACUACGUAGAAGUCAUGCACAAAGCGCUCGACAUGCAUAUGGCCAUUGCACUGCUGCACGUAGAAGGUGGACAGUACACCGCUGAUGCUUUGGACGACGACCUACAAGCCUUCCUGCAUGACGUCAACGUGAAGGACGCCUCUGCUAUGUCACGGUCCAUGGGCGACAACUUCAAGGAGUCCAAGUCUACUGAGAGUCUGACCACGCAUUCUGUGGGCAGCAGCCUGUCGGACGUGUCGCUGGGCUCGCCGCAGCUGCGCCGCGCGGGCGUGUCGGACGACCCCGGCGCGCUCGCCGCCGACCAGCCAGCGAAGACCGAGGAGAAAGAGAGUGUGCUCAGGAAAACCGGGCUAGGCAGUGCUGUGCGGCGCGCAUUGGGCGGGUCUCCCGCGCGUCGUGCGUCUUCCUUCACGUCCGUGGAACAGUUCACGAAGCGUCAGGCCGGCACUGUCGACGUGUGGUGGCUAUACGAUGAUGGAGGUCUGACGCUGCUGCUGCCAUACAUCUUAUCGACGAGACGCGCGUGGGCGUCUUGCCCGCUGCGCGUAUUCACACUGGCUAACAAGAACACUGAGCUUGAGCUCGAGGAGAGGAACAUGGCGUCUCUCCUGUCGAAGUUCCGCAUCGACUAUUCUGCGCUGAAGAUGGUUUCGGACAUUACAAAGAAGCCGCGCGACUCCACCCUGGCGUACUUCGAGAAACUGAUCGCGCCUUUUAGAAGCACCGACGAUACGAACGAUGACGGUAGUGGCAUAACCGAGGCGGACCUUUUAGCAGCCCGCGACCGGACCUACCGUCACCUGCGUUUACGAGAGCUCAUCGCGGCACAAUCGGCCGGCGCUCGCCUGGUCUGCGUCACGCUGCCCAUGCCACGACGUCGUGGCGUCGUGCCUCCGCCGUUGUACCUGGCCUGGCUACACGCUAUAGCGUCAGCUGCUGAUAGGGUACUACUGAUCAGAGGGAACCACGCUGCUGUGUUGACGUUCUACUCAUAAUUAGACGGUAACAUCUAUUAAUAGUGCAAAUUGUUAAGGACGGCUUAAUUUGUCGCUCUUUUUGAUCUAGUUUUUUGAACACCUGUACGGUCAGUCUCUGUCUCACUAGCUAGUGUUGAUUAGUAACCCUGCCGCUAUAUCUGGCCUGGCUACACGCUAUAGCGUCCGCUGCUGAUAGGGUCCUUUUGAUCAGGGGGAAUCACGCUGCUGUGUUGACGUUCUACUCAUAAUUAGACGGUAACAUCUAUUAAUAGUGCAAAUUGUUAAGGACGGCUUAAUUUGUCGCUCUUUUUGAUCUAGUUUUUUGAACACCUGUACGGUCAGUCUCUGUCUCACUAGCUAGUGUUGAUUAGUAACCCUGCCGCUAUAUCUGGCCUGGCUACACGCUAUAGCAUCAGCGGCUGAUAGGGUACUACUGAUCAGAGGGAAUCACGCUGCUGUGUUGACGUUCUAUUCGUAACGUAACGGUAACAUCUUAAGUUUAUCAAUAGUGCAAAUUGUUAAAGACGGCUUAAUUUGUCGCUCGUCUAGUUUUUUGAACAAUACACCUCGAUCAGUCUCUGUCUCACUAAAGUCUGUUCGCCGAGAGUUGAUAAAUAUUAUGAAAUGUCUUGCAAUAGCGACUGUCGCUUAAUUAUCGCAUUCUGUAUGGCGGGCGUCGUUUGUCACAACGCGCACUGAGUACCAUGGUACGAGCCACGCAGCUGUCGUCAAGCGCCCCGGCCGGCGGGCGGCGGCGGCCACAGCGUGACCACUUUUAGUAGAUUUCUACUUUUUUGGUAGAUUUGAGGCAAAGAGAACGAUGACUUAGUAGUACGAAAUCGUUUAGUAGAUUUUGGUAGAUAAUUGAUAUUUUUAGAACAUUCUUAUAAAUGGUGGUCUAAAAAUUAAAUUGUAACCGAGCCGAGAAUCCAGGCCAAAAAAAAAAGGCCAGGCCAAAUAAUCUACCAACUUUUUCAUUAUAUUGACAAAAAUAAUUAGCGGGCCGCAAUUUAUAAUGAGUUUAGAACCUCUGAUAUUUUUUUUUAUCAACUCUCGGCGAACAGACUUUAGCUAGUGUUGAUUAGUAACCCUGCCGCUAUACCUGGCCUGGAUACACGCAAUCGCGUCCGCUGUUCAUAGUCUACAGCUGACCAGGAGGAAUCACGCUGCUGUGUUGACGUUCUACUUAUAAUUAGACCGUAACAUCUUUAGUUUAUCAAUACUGCAAAUUUUUAAAGACGGUUUAUUUUUCCGGUCUUUUUUAUCUAGUUUUUUGAAGAAUACACCUCGAUCAGUGUCUGUCUCACUAAAGACUGUUCGCCGAGAGUUGAUAAAUAUUAUGAAAUGUCUUGCAAUAGCGACUGUCGCUUAAUUAUCGCAUUCUGUAUGGCGGGCGUCGCAAUUUAUAAUGAGUUUAGAACCUCUGAUAUUUUUUUUAUCAACUCUCGGCGAACAGACUUUAGCUAGUGUUGAUUAGUAACCCUGCCGCUAUACCUGGCCUGGAUACACGCAAUCGCGUCCGCUGUUCAUAGUCUACAGCUGACCAGGAGGAAUCACGCUGCUGUGUUGACGUUCUACUUAUAAUUAGACCGUAACAUCUUUAGUUUAUCAAUACUGCAAAUUUUUAAAGACGGUUUAUUUUUCCGGUCUUUUUUAUCUAGUUUUUUGAAGAUUACACCUCGAUCAGUCUCUGUCUCACUAGCUAGUGUUGAUUAGUAACCCUGCCGCUAUACCAGGCCUGGAUACACACAAUAGCGUCCGCUGUUCAUAGUCUACGGCUGACCAGGGGGAAUCACGCUGCUGUGUUGACGUUCUACUUAUAAUUAGACCGUAACAUCUUAAGUUUGUCAAUAGUGCAAAUUUUUAAAGACGGUUUAUUUUUCCGGUCUUUUUUAUCUAGUUUUUUGAAGAUUACACCUCGAUCAGUCUCUGUCUCACUAGCUAGUGUUGAUUAGUAACCCUGCCGCUAUACCAGGCCUGGAUACACACAAUAGCGUCCGCUGUUCAUAGUCUACAGCUGACCAGGGGGAAUCACGCUGAUGUGUUGACGUUCUACUUAUAAUUAGACCGUAACAUCUUAAGUUUGUCAAUAGUGCAAAUUUUUAAAGACGGCUUCACAUACCGGUCUUUUUUAACUUUUUUUUG